UUGAGCACACUGCCUGUGGAAGCUUGUAGACAGAGAUAUUAUGAUUUUGCCAGUGGUAAAGCUAGGAACCCUUGCUCUCAGAACCAUCUGCAAGCCGAUAGCCAAUCGCCUCAAGAAGGAAGCAGGGCUGCACCCAAGGUUCCGCCAGUUCAUAAUCAACAUUGCACAGGCAAAUCAUCGAUUCACAACAACGGUGCAAAGACACAUUUAUGGUCAUGCAACUAAUGUUGCAAUACGUCCUUUGGAUGAGGAGAAGGCUGUCCAAGCUGCUGCUGAUCUUAUUGGGGAACUAUUUGUGUUCACUGUUGCUGCAGCUGCUGUUACUUUUGAAGUACAAAGAAGUUCUAGAUCAGAGGCAAGAAAGGAGGAGAUGCGAAUACGGGAAUUACAGGAGAUGAAGCAAAAAGAUGAAGAAAUAGCAAGGGAAGUUGAACUUCUUAAACAGAAACUGGAAGAGCUGGAACAACUUGUCAAAGAACGAGGGCUUGCUGGCUUUUUCAACUUCAGGCAUGGCCAUGUGUUAAAAGAUGAGAAGUAAAUCCAACAUGAUUGCAAGAAUCAGCUGCAAUUAGAAGUUACAGGAUGUCGAAUCUUAUCAACAUCAUAAGACUUCUGUUACUGGAUUCUUGGCCAUGAUUCCAUACAAUCAUCUUCCUAGUAGAUUUAAUCGAUUACCAUGGAGCAUUCUUGAAUGCGGAACUAAUAGCAUUUUAUAUCUACUGACAUGUCCAUGAUAUUCUCCAUUAUGGUCAUUAAUGGUAGGAACUUGCUCAUUUGUUUUCAUGAGGAGACUGACGUCAAGGUCUACAUUGUAAUCCAGAGGUUCCCUAGAAGAGCUGCUGGUAGAUCAUUCAUGUACAACAUAGCUUCACUUCCAAUAAUUCUGAGGAUGAAGGUAAACACUAGAGAUGGCUGCUGAAAGUGUAUAGUGGAAGGUACCAAUGACAAUAAGAUAACUUUCGACAUCACGACGGAUAUACGUACCUCUAUUUUAUAAAAAUUAUUUCAUUUUACGUAAAAAUAUAAUUAUAUAUAAGAAAUUCUCUGUAGUUUUGUAAAAUAUGAAACUUUAAAAAUUUUAUUUAAAUCAUUGUGUACAUCUUAA